GAAACGACAACAGAGCCAUAUACCUUCCGGAUGGGCCACCAUCCACCCAGUGGCAUGGUGUCUCACAUUACGGAACCGAGCACCACUGAGGCGUCGACUAGCGAGGGGUCCAAGUUAACGCCGACUUCCGAAACAACGCCAGCAAUGCGAGUGAUAUCAACAACACCAGCAGCGAUAACGACGCCUAAUAUGACAACGACUACGUACAGACCUUUCAAUGCAAGGUACCAAAGGAAAAACAUUACCGGACUGCUGUGCCAGACGGGAGCAGCCGAGUUCCUGUCCGUGCAGACACCCGACGCCUGCGACUUUUUCAUUGUGGAGUUUGCCACAAACCCGGCGCGGCCCCACCCUGUCUACUCGUACAUGGCCACGGUCGACAUCACUUCCCUGGCCCAGCAGAUAGAGGUGGUGAACAGGAUUCGCGUUGCUGCCAACGGUGCCUUGCUCCUGCUCGUCCAGCGCAGUGUGUUGCACUCUUUUACGCCCGACAGUGGGCUCGACCCGCGUGCCGUCGUGCGCGGCCUGGUGCAGCUAGUGGUGGACACGAACGCCCACGGCGUGGUGCUUGCAGACAGGCACCUCCACGAAAGCGACUUGCAGCAAGUGUUUGCGGACGCGAACGACCUAUCGAACGAGAUCUACCCCUACCACGGCCUCAUCAGAUACGACAAGUACAGUGGACAACGGGCUGAGCUGCGUUCACUGUUGGCUAAAGUAUCCAACAUGCCGCAUUUGACAUUCGUGUUCCGUGUAUCUGGCCUCAGCCGCACCUUCACGCAUCCUUAUUUCAACAACUUAUACAUGGAGAACUUAAAUCAACAAAAUUUGAGCUGGAUUAUCGACGAAGACGUGGUCCGGCCGCUAAUGACAAUUGACGGUCGCAAAUCGGUGGCCCUGUCCAUGAGUCUUAUGGCCAGGAGCUGUCCAGAGAACACCAUCAUCAAGGCCGACACCAUGAGCGAAUGCAGCGACAUGCCACUGGACUUGACACGAAUCCCAUCAUGGAUGUACCUGGAGGGCCCGCUGCGUCUGGGCUGCAAGCGUUCGUCACUCCCUCAGAAUGUGCCUCAAGUGGCCGGCACCUCGGGCCAUUCUCUCGCUGGUGUGUCAGGACCGCGGCCGGCAGUCGUCGCCUUCGAUAGGUCACAGCUGGAGUUACUGCUGUGCCAGUUCUUGCGACUGCGACGGAAUCUCAUCGUGUGA